CGAUAUGACAUCAGCUGAUAACAAGCUUGAAAGCAUAAAUGGAUAAACACUGUUCCUUUCCUAAAAGAGAAAGUAUUGUUCAGGGAGAUAUAUAAGCCAUCCUUUUUUUUGUUUUUAUCUUUCGUUAUUUUCUUUAUUACUAUAAUGGCUUCUACUAUGACUCCCACUGAAUCCAAGUACUCUUCUUUUAUGAAGCCUACUAAAUUCUGGCAAAAAUCUACUUCAUCACCUGCUAUUCCUCAACAUGAAAGCCCACAAGAAACAAGGAACAGUUAUUUACCCUCAUUGAAAUUCAAAAAGUCUAAAUCAACAAGCACAGUGAUAGCAUUAGAAGAAUCUGGUAAAUCAGAAGUCUACAAACUAUCUACGAUUGACCAUACUGGUAUCUAUAUGCCUCCUUCACCUGGUUUGUCGGGUAAAAGAGACCAUUGGAUUGAAGUGAACGAAGAUAAGAUGAUGGACUUUCAUUUACCAAGUUCAGAUUGUUUAACACGCCAUAUCAAUGAAAAGCAUGAUUUCUAUACACCUUCAAGCUUUGUCAAUUCCCAGCCUUAUAUUUUGCCGAUGCCUACCAAUAUGUCAGAGUCCACACUCUCUACGGUGCCUUCGUUAGAAGAUGAUAGUCAUUCAGAUAUCAUUUCAUUUUAGAUCAUUCGUAUAUAAUUUCAUAAUAAUUAAUUCUUAUAAUAAACUUACAACAUCAUAGCUUAAA